UAAAUCGCGGGCUCAGGUCUGUAAAACAAGAUAUAUUUUCUAUAGUGUGGCAGAAAAUGUGGACAGCAGGGUGGGAAGGAAUCUCCUCAUGCUUCAGGGACAAACAAGAGUAAUUGGUGGUAUAAAAGUAACCUUUAGAAUUCGGCACAGUAAUGGAAACCUUCUCCCAGAUCUUCAGACACGAGAUGAUGAAUCUUCAACCAUUAUUCUCGCCUUCAUUGUAUUCGGCACGUUAAGUUCCCUUCUGCUCAUCUUGGUCUGCUCAUACUUUAUUGCCUGGUAUAUUGCGUCAACAACACAAGCUUUUGAGUAUGACAGAGUUUUGGAGGAUUUUGAAUCUGAGGAAUCAGCUGAUAUGAAAGAAGAAGGUUCCGAGAGAAAACUGGAGCUAUACUGCAUACAGUUAGAUGACGUGAAUACGCCACUGAUUAAAGGAAUACAUGGGGACAGCUAUACUUUACCCUAGCCUGGAUACACAGCUAUACUUUACCCUAGCCUGGAAACACAGCUAUACUUUACUCUAGCCUGGAUAAACAGCUAUACUUUACCCUAGCCUGAAUACACAGCUAUACUUUACCCUAGCCUGGAUACACAGCUAUACUUUACCCUAGCCUGGAUACACAGCUAUAAUUUAGCCUAACCUGGAUACACAGCUAUACUUUAGCCCAGCCUGGAUGCACAGCUAUACUUUACCCUAGCCUGGAUACACAGAUAUACUUUACCCUAGCCUGGAUACACAGAUAUACUUUACCCUAACCUGGAUACACAGAUAUACUUUACCCUAACCUGGAUACACAGCUAUACUUUACCGUAGCUUGGAUACACAGAUAUACUUUACCCUAGCCUGGAUACACAGCUAUACUUUACCCUAGCCUGGAUACACAGCUAUAAUUUACCCUAAUCUGGAUUCACAGAUAUACUUUACCCUAGCCUGGAUACACAGCUAUAAUUUACCCUAACCUGGAUUCACAGAUAUAAUUUACCCUAGCCUGGAUACACAGCUAUAAUUUACCCUAACCUGGAUUCACAGAUAUACUACCCUAACCUGGAUACACAGAUAUACUUUACCCUAGCCUGGAUACACAGCUAUACUUUACCCUAGCCUGGAUACACAGCUAUACUUUACCCUAACCUGGAUACUUUGCUAUACUUUACCCUAGCCUUGAUACAACACUGAUCAGUUAACCCUAGCCUGGAUACAACAUUGGUCAGUUAACCCUAGUCUGGGUACACUAAUGAUCAGCGAACUCUACCUUGGAUACACCACAGAUCAGUGAACACUAGCCCGGAUACAACGCUGAUUAGUUAACCCUAGCUGGGAUACAACACGGAUCAAACCUUAGCCUGGAUACACCACUGAUCAGUUAACCCUAGCCUGGAUACUCUACUGAUCAAUUAUCUCAACCCUUGGAUACACCACUGAUCAGUUAACUCUAGCCUGGAUACACCACUGAUCAGUUAACUCAUCCCUUGGAUACACCACUGAUCAGUUAACCCUAGCUGGGAUACAACACUGAUCAGUUAUCCCUAGCCUGGAUACACCACUGAUCAGUUAACCCUAGCCU